AUGGCGCUUUUGGCAGUGAUUUUCGAGAUGAGCAUGUACGUCCUCUACCUCCGCUCCAGCCCCGCUCGCUUUGCAGCUUUGCUCGUCGACCCAAAGGACGAUCUUCAAAAGGCUCAGCUGCAAGAUGAGAUCAUGAAAAGCAUCAAGAAGGAGUGGAAAACGAUCGUAGAGAUGGAGAACAAGGAGGGCUCCAACCGGCUACUUCAGCAAAGGUGCUGUUUCACGCGAUGGGAGUGCUACAGGGAGCCAAUGGCAUGUUUGGAGUUGGAAGGAUGGUCCAUGACGGAGAAGGCCAAGGCUGUGCUGCUGAGCUGGCACCCAGGCCUGGCUUUCAGUGCGAAUGUGGAGCAGGUUUUUGCUGCAGUUGAGGACAGCUGCAAACGUGGAGUGAAGAAUCUCAAGGCAAGCAUGAGCAACUUGCAAUGCCUUUCCAUCCGGGCUGUGGAGCAGAAGGUGGCUGCGAACGAGAAGCAACAGGAGGCAGGCAAGACAGACCGGCCUCGGGCCGUGAAGCUGGGUGUGGAGGACUUCGAGGGCAGCGAGGCCCUCCAGAUGGAUGAGAUUGGCAUGAUCUUCAAGGGCAGCCUUCCUGCCUAUGAGGUGGACGAGACCAAGGUGAAGCAAGGCGACAGCAGAAUGCAGGACUGCCUUGCAGAGCAAGAGCAGGUGAAAGCUCUUGCUUUCCGGCUUGAGAAGUACCUUUGCAGAAUGAUGGCACCUGUUGAAGUUUUCAGCUACACGAUCCAUUUCGUCGGCCCUCGCCUCUGCGACAAACUUGGAUGUGCUGCUGUGCUUCGGAGAUCCGCAUCCGGGCAGACGCUGCUUGUCUGGAUGAUUCGCAGCAAGGACAUCGUCAAGCUGACUUCGGAGACUUUGUCUCAAUGGGCUGCCGAAUAUGCGCUGCAGCUUCGACGAAACAGCACCAAAAGUGCUAAGAUCAGAGCACUGUGCCAGCUCCCAGCUGUCGCCGCAGCUUGCACACCGGCCGAGCUCAAGGCUUUGGAUGACUUGUUGAAUGAGAUAGAUGAAAAGCGCCGGAAGCGCACAAAGGCCGGCGAGGCCGAACACCAGGAGGACGAUGAGGCUCGGAAGGCAAUCAAACUUAGACUCAUUCUUGCCAUUCAUCUGUUACAGCUGCUGGAGCAAGUGCAGAGGCAGGAGGACGAGGACCCGGGCCUAUGCAAUCCCGAGAACAACAGCAAGGAGGAAGACGAUGGUGCCGCUGCUGAAGACGGGAAUGAUGAUGCAGCAAUGGCAGAGGCUCCAGCGGCAGAAGCUCCAGCUGCAGAAGCUCCGGCGGCAGAAGCUCCAGCGGCAGCUCCAGCGGCAGAAGCUCCGGCAGAGGCAGAUGAUGAGAGAAAGCGAGCUUCGAGGCGGCUGCUGAGCACUUGCAAAGCCGUGCCCGACUUCCUGACGGCGAAGUUCAAGAUGAGAGAUGAUGUGGUCAUCACACACGUGGAGCAUCGGUCUACGGUUUUGCCCCACUUCCAAGUUCGCCUUCCAGGCGACGAGAAGUACGAAGGAAAGCGGCACGUCUGCAGACAUCGCCGUUAUUAUUGGUUCAGUAUAAUAAAUAAAUGCACAUUCCAUCAGAUUCUGUAG